UGUUCUGGGCAGGUCCAUGGACACCUCGAUGUUAGGACCUCCCCUUUGCCCCAUCACUUGAACCCAUGCCUCUAUAAAAACAAGAAAGAUAUAGCAAAUCACAACAAUGUCAGACAGCUGAAAUGUAACAAGUUAGGAAUUAUAGACAGAUAUUUUCUGAAGACAUUGAAAUAUUACGUUUCUCAUUAACUUUGAGCAGGUGUGCAGUUUUCUGGUGAAGAUCCAUUCAUACAUUUUUUAAACAGGAGCAUUUAUUGCUGCCUAUCACUGUUUUGUAAAAGGGCUCUUUUAACGUUAUUUUACAGCUUGAUGGAGAACUACAGUUUGAACAGCUUCAUGCUGCAGAUUGAAGGGUUAAAUGUUGAAGAGACUUCUGUGUUCCCUGUAUUCUUCUUAUUACUUUUCUCCUAUCUGUAUAUUAUGAUAGCCAACAUUGGGAUUGUGGUUCUCAUCAUCAUCGAUAGAAGCCUCCAUCAGCCCAUGUAUUUGCUGUUUUGCAACCUGCCUUUUAAUGAUAUUCUUGGAAACUGUGUCAUGUUGCCUCGUGUGCUGAUGGAUAUUCUUCAGCUUCCCUCUGAGCGUCUCAUCAGUUACUAUGAAUGCGUUGUUCAGGCUUUCUUUUCACACAUUUUUGGCACCGCUUCCCACACCGUGCUCAUGAUCAUGGCCUUUGACCGAUACGUGGCCAUCUGUAAUCCUCUGCGUUAUUCUGCAAUAAUGACCAACAGAAUGGUGCUGAAGCUGACCGUCUCUGCCUGGGGGGUGGCCUUUGUUCUGGUCGGGAUUCUGCUGGGUCUGACCGUACGGCUGAAUAGAUGUAGGAGUCUGAUCACGAAUCCUUUCUGUGACAACGCCUCACUGUUCAAGCUGUCCUGUGAGAGCGUGGUCAUUAAUAACAUCUACGGCCUGACCUUCACCGUGGUUCUGUUAACAGCCUCUAUAGGAAGCAUCGUCCUCACCUACACUAAGAUCACUGUUGUCUGUCUAACCAGCAGGAACAAGUCUCUGAACAGCAAAGCCCUGAAGACCUGCAGCACCCACCUCUUUGUCUACAUGAUCAUGUUUGUUUUUGGGAAAGUGAACAUUGUGUUGCACCGCUUCCCUGAGUACUCAGACUACAGAAAAAUGUGUGUGGUUCUGUUUCAUAUCAUUCCUGGCAGCCUGAACCCCAUCAUUUAUGGAGUUCAGUCCAAAGAGAUGAAAAGGUUUCUGUCGAAGCUGUUCUGCUCCAGAAAGGUUCUGUCAUCAUAACGAUAUAUUAGAUUUUCUUAUGCUUAUGUGUUAAAAACAGUUUUGUUGGAUUGUCUUUGUUAUAUUUGAUAUAAUUUUUCAAUUUCUGAAAUGACAAAUUCAUUUAAAAGCAAUCCCUGCUGAUAAUUAAAUGUAUAACCUUAUAAACCUUGUAAAACUUUAAUGAGUGUGAAUCUUUUUGUUAGAAGCACUUAAUAACUAUGACUGCCUGUG